GCCCGCUCGCAGCCAUGGCUUUGAAGGAGGCGGGCGGCAGCAUCCUGCCCAUCAGCGACAUGGUGUCGGGGCCGUCGGGCUCGCCGUUCCCCGAGGUAGUAGAACUGAAUGUAGGGGGCCAGGUGUACGUGACGAGGCACUCCACGCUGCUCAGCGUCCCGGACAGCACGCUGGCCACCAUGUUCUCGCCGUGCCGGGGCGGCCCAGCGGCGGCCCGCCAGCUGCCCAGGGACAGCCGGGCGCGCUUCUUCAUCGACCGCGACGGCUUCCUCUUCAGGUACGUGCUGGAUUACCUGCGGGACAAGCAGCUGGCGCUGCCCGAGCACUUCCCCGAGAAGGAACGGCUCCUGCGGGAGGCAGAAUACUUCCAGCUAGGCGACCUGGUGAAGCUGCUCUCGCCCAAGGUCACCAAGCAGAGUUCGCUCAACGACGAGGGCUGCCAAAGCGACCUGGAGGACAGCACCUCGCAGGGCAGCAGCGACCGGCUGCAGCGGGCCGGCCUGGACAAGCGCUCGGGCUUCCUCACAGUGGGCUACCGCGGCUCCUACACCACGGUGCGGGACAACCAGGCGGACGCCAAGUUCCGCCGCGUCGCCCGCAUCAUGGUGUGCGGCAGGAUCGCCCUGGCCAAGGAGGUCUUCGGCGAGACCCUGAACGAGAGCCGCGACCCCGACCGCCCCCCCGAGAAGUAUACUUCCCGCUUCUACCUCAAGUUCACCUACCUGGAGCAAGCCUUCGAUCGGCUUUCCGAGGCGGGCUUCCACAUGGUGGCUUGCAACUCCACCGGCACGGCCGCCUUCAUCAACCAGUACCGGGACGACAAGAUCUGGAGCAGCUACACCGAGUACAUCUUCUUCAGUGGUGGACUACCUUUUGCUGAACGAACUUGAGAACUUCAAAUCCAUCUUCAGUACUACUCUAAAAGUUUUUGGAGGUUUGUUAUGUAACCUAGCAAGCUGGUCAUAUCUAAUUAGGAAAUGCGAAAGCUGAGUUGUUGGAGGAGCUUUGCAUUCUUCUGAGUGAACUUAGUGGUGUAAAAUACGUGAUAAUUAAAUCUCCAUUCUGGAAAAAAAUGGACCUACUAGUUCAGUUCUUAAGUAGUAGAAGUUCCUCGCUGUUGUUGUCAAAACUAUGGGAUAGCCCCCCCUUGUUUGCUCAGACAUAGGUUAUUAGAUGCAUAAUUAUUUGUGGGCAUUUGUGAUGCUUAGAAUGUUUUGCGUUAAUGAUGUGUGUGCGUUAUGAGGCGGCUGCUGUGUAGAACAGUGCUCUAAUUCAGAUCAGUGUUCCAAAUUAAUCCCCAGUGUAUAACCACUGAUUUAUGUGGAAUAAUGCCAGGGAUGAAUUGGAUGUUGUACAACACUGUUUCUGUUUUGAUUUUUAGUCUUUCAGCUUACUGUGUUAUCAAAAGUGAAGCAGGUAGCUAAUUUUUUUUUUAAUUUGAUUCUUAACCAAAAAAUUCUGGUUUUGCCUAAUAUUAAUAUGUUCUUCCUACUUCUGGGUGCGAAAAUCGGCUGAGUUAAUAUAGGCUGAAAAGAAGGCGAUCAUAAUUUUGAUUGCUUAGUUGUGCAUUUAGAAACCUUUUAAUUUUAUUACUUUAAUUUUAUUUUUUCUAUUUAAGUGCCCAGUUGAUGGGAACCCUCUGAUAGAAAUAAUGCCUUAUUAUGAAAUCCCUAGGUGGAUUGAGUCCUUGUUGUAGCUUUGCCCAACUCCUGCAUGGGAAUCCGUCAAUUGACAGAAAAUUAUGUGAGCCUGCCUUGCUGCUCUGUGCUGGUGUGAGGAGACUGGUCAGGGUUACUGGCUGUAGUCUUUCCAAGAGCACUUGUGAGGACUAUAUUCCUUUACUUACAAAACCAGAGCUUCAUACAUAGCAUGAGCAUCUGCAACCAGCAGCUAUGUUAGUUGUUGGUCUGUGAUUCUGUGGCAGCCACUCAGUCCUAUUCCUCUUACAUCAUUUUUCUUGAGGUCUUGUGGAUGACUCUGAAAGUGCUUGGGAAAAGUGAGGAUAUAUGCAUUCCACCCAUUUCCUUGGAUCAUGAGUAGAUUUCUAAGAGCUACUGAGGAACAUCUAAAGGCCAAAGGUGGCCUUUAACCUCUGCUUCGGGAAUAGAUUUCAAUUAUGUUUCUAGUAUAUCUCUAACUUCAUUAGGUAUUUUGAGUAGAAAAGACCAUCUCGCAAAAAAAAAAUAAUUAUUUUCUUAAAUGUUGUGGCUGAUUAAAUCUACCCAUACUAUACAUAUCUUACUUAAAUUUUUAGAUUGCUUGGUAUCCAUGAAUGGAUUAGUUGUUGCAGUCUAAUUCCAAUUCAAGAACUGGGGCUUGUUUGAGAUAAUGCUUCAGUUUUUUGGCAGCACAUCCUGACAAGUACAGAAACAGUCUUUCUCAGGCUAUGUAAUUCCUUCAAAUAAAUAAAUAAAAAUCAGAGCCUUUCUGAUGGCUACCUAUGUUCUCUAAGCAAUGGAAGCUCUCACCUUAGCAUGCAGAAGAGUGAUUUACUUCUGUCAAUACAACAUGAAGUGCAUAUGCAGUUUGGGAAAGAGGCCCAAGCUCUUUUGCUUCAUUACAAUUUUGAGCUGCAGUACACAACCACUGAUUAAUUAACUGCUACUUGUCAUGCAGUAGGUGAUAGCCUUCACAGAAGUUCCACCUAGAUGGAAAAGGAGACCAGAAGUAAGGAGACCUUGCCUCACAUGGCUGCAGGCAACUCAGCAGGCCUUCUGUUGGCAGGUCUUUUUGUGAGGAAAGGCUAAUUUGCAUUUUUAAGCUUUUGUCUUUUGUAUUUCACUGUAUCUCUUGAUACUGUUGUGUAAUGCAGGAUUGUCUGUGUGUGCUAUUACUAUAUAGUCUUUUUCUCCUGUAGAAUCUAAUUGGUCUUAAUGGAUUUUGCAUUUAACAUCUGCUAUGCAAUCUGACUUAUGGGUGCUGAGAGCCUCAUGCUCAGCUGGAAGCUGCCUGUUCUGAAUUGACAUGAGUAUUCUAAGAAGAAUGCAGUAAUGUUUCAUGGAAAAAACUGACUUGUAUUCUGUCUCAGUGUUCCUGUUCUACAUGUGAUAUUUGUUUCUUUGUCUCCUAAUUUUGCUUGUGACAGGUGACAUUUGCUUGAACUUCUGGCACAUAUUUUUCUGCUUGGUCAUAGCACUCUGAGAAUACAUUGGCCCAAAUUCAGUUCAACAUCACACUGGGAUAGCUUGGGGAUGUUGGGUUGGCAGGUAAUCCUUAGCUGCUCUGAAGGAACAUUGUCAGGAGAACCAUCCAGUGGGUGGUUUAUGUGGCAAUGCAAAGCCAAUCUGUUAUCCAUCCAUUAUUUCUGGUCUGGUGGCAGUUGUGCUACACGUAGUGUCUGAGAUAUAAUACUUUCCUUUUCCUCUUCCUUUUUUGUUUUUCCUUUGUGUGUGUAUAAAAUGAAAUUACUUGAAACUAACAAGGCUUAGAAGAGAAAGGAGUCUAAGCCAGAAAGUAAAAUAGGAGUACUGAAUCUCUGUGGAAUGCUAGAGAGAAGUGUGAUUCAAUCCAUCAAGUCUUCCUGUAUCACAAGCACAAUGUAGGAAAGCUUUAGAUUUCUGACAGUAUCAGAAUCUAAAAACAUCGAUCCUGGAAGGGCUAUUGCACAAAGACUUUUAAAAUUUAGAGUGAUUCUUCAGGUAGUCCUGUUAGUUUGGAGAGCUGAUAUAAAACUUCAGGAUAUUCUGCUGUAUGAGACCAGUUCAACUUUAAUAUUACUUAGAAAUAAAUAAUAUACUAAUUAUCUUGCAAUUCUUCCAAAAUAUAUGCCCCAAACAUAGAGGGAUGAAUCAAAGUGUACACUUAUAAAUUAUUAUAAGAAUAUCUUAUCUCACCAUUUUACACAGUGAGCUAAUCUGAACUGCUGAAGUUGUCAUUGGAAUUUCAGUCAUAGUUUCAAUCAAGCUACUCAAUUUGAGAGACUGAUUUUUUUAAAAUGUGAAAUGAGAAAGAUAUUGAAAAUCAGAAUUUGUUCUAAUUAAAAAAAAAAAACAAGCAAAAAAAACCCAACACCUGUGUUCCUCUGCAGCUAGUGUGCAAAGACCCUCCUGAACUGAAGAACUACAGGAGGAACCUAUUGAGUUUUAUGGUUGAGUAGAAGUAUGCAAAACUCAUUACAAUCACUUGUGAUUUGAUUUUAAUAAUUAUAUCUGCAUUCUGCUUUUUUAAAAAAUGAUAUUUUUAAUUAAUGUUGAAGCACCUCAAUGCUUGGAGCUGAAGAUUAGUACUGUUGCAAAGUAUUUGAAAAGUAAACCUGGUGGUUAUUUUCUGCUCUGGAUAUUAUAUACCAGGAUCAAUACUAGGUAACAGACACCUUGAUACAAGCAGCUUAUGGUAUUUGGAAAUGGACACACUGGAUUUGAUAACUAUUCCAGGCUUGUACUUGUGCAUUGCUUGGGAACAAAGUUCCAGUGUUAGAGAAACUGACUUUGCUGGAUCUGUGAUAUUUUCCAGGAAAACUGCUUAUUGUUGUCAGAUCACUUCAUGCAUUCUCGAGGAUUUAUGACAGUAGUUGCAGGGAAAUAUUUGCCUUUCAACAGUGGGAUGAGCAAGUCAUAUCUUAUUUUUUCUUUAUUGUUAACAUGAACUUCUAGUUAUCUACUGUUCAAGUACAGAUUUUGUAUACGAAAGUUUUUCAUAAAAUAUUGUUCCAGCCUCAUGAUUUAAAAUUAAAACAUUACUGCUUAUCAAAUAUAUUUUGCAAUGUAUUUGCUUCCACAGUGUGAUAUGACUGGUAAUUUUGCUGCUGCUUUUUUUUUCCUUCGCACCAAAUACCAAAUUCAUUAUCCUCUGACAAGAAUUUGUGCAGUGAACAAGAAUUCACUGAGCACUGCACAGAGAAAGGGUUCAACAAUACUCAUGUUAUCCUCUUCCUGCUACAGUUCUGCAUUUAAACACAUCUCCAGAGAUGAAAAGCCAGUCAGACACCUCUCUAAGAUGCUGGGAGUGAAAGGCUAAGUGCAUGAGGAAAGAAGCAGUAGAAAGAAAGGGGCUAUUCAAGGCUCAGGUGAUCCUCAGCAUGACCUAAACAAUGUAACCAUAAAUAAGAAGUCACUUUUUGGUGGGCUGCUAGUAUAAUGGUAAGUUAAGCCAAGCAUCUAAAUGCACACAGGAGGAAAGUAUGUAAGGUGAUGCGCAUCCAUUUUGCUUAAUCUCUGCUCAGGACCACUAUGGUACCUGCUGUAGCUCCCAACCAAGUUAGCAUUGUAUCAGCAGCUGGAUGGAUCCUGGAUGCUACCGCAGGACAAGUGAGUAAUAUGGUUGUGCUCUGGGCUACCCCCUCAUUUUCUGUCUCCAGCUUUGGAUUACUCUAUUGCCAGAGUCAUGUAAGUCUGUUACAGAGAUGAGUUGACCUUGGACAACAGGAUUUUUUCCACAAUGCAGGGUGAUUAUUUGACUAAGGGUUGUUAGGCUUGGUAUAACUGUUGAGGUAAUCUGGAGUCACUAUACCAGAUAACAUCUGCUUGCUAAGUUAGGAUGUUGAUGUCAUUUUUCGAUUUCGGGAUGAUUUUAUUUCAUUUCCAUCACUAGAUCUGGAUUACUGAAAGCAGCAGGAAUACUAAUAGCUUUUUUAUGAACUGAACCUCUGAAAGUCUAGUGGAAAAUCCUUUUAAAUAAAUAAAUUACCUGGCAAAUCUUAUUUUUCUUUACCAAGUCAAAUGCUUCAGGAUGGAUUUUCUGGGAAGGCGGUUCAUGCUAAGCUAAAUGGGAUUAGUCAUAAAUAGUAUGUGACGCUUGCAAUCAGAACCCAUUCAGAGUUGCAAGAUGGACCUUCAUGGCGACUGAAGCACCAAAUAAUCUUUCUCUAGUCUUUCACAUCAAGUGAGAUUCGAACUAUGUGAGUAAUUAUGUGGUGCCAUGAUUGUUUGUAGUAUGCACAGUCCUGGCAGGAGGUAAGCAGCAAUGAUUUAUAGUUUUUGGGGCACUUGUAGCGGUUAAUGCCAUUCAAUUUUGGUUGCAUUUUAUCAGAAUGUGUUAAGAAAACAUUUGUUACAUGUUGAUUUAGUUUCAGAACACAUUUGAAUGAGAGGGUACAUCUUGCUGCUAGGUGUCACACCUUUAAGUAGUCGCAUCUCUAAAUACUUACAGGAAUUCACUAUGCUUGUAAAUAUCACAGUGGUGUCAAUGAGUAUUCAAUGUUGUUAGCAAGAAUAUGAACACAGAACUUUAAAAAUGUUUUUUUUUCUUUGCUAUGGAAUAUUAUCUUGGUACUGUCUCUGCUAGCGUUGCUCAAAACAGUAUUCAAAGGUUGGGAUCAGCGUUACCAAUUCUUUGCCCUUGGGGUACCUGCCAGGUCAUAAGCUGUUUCAGGACCACUGUCAGUUAUGGCUGUUACAAUUAUUCUUUCAACAUCAUUUUGCAACUGGUAGUAGCUGGAUCAAAAUUCAACUGUUCCCUUUCUCAUUGUUCCCCCAUAUGUGUGAACCCCUGCAGGGUCUCUGAGCAGAGGAGAGAGGAACUACUGCCUCUGGGUGGUUGCCAUGCCUCUGGGCUGUGUGCUUGUUCUGUUUGCUUUGUAGCACUUGUGUAUGCUGUGCUUGACCUGUUUUGUCAUUUCAGUGAUAUGCACUUAGUUAGGAAGGCAAAGUGGAUUAUAGAAUUUUAAAAAAAAAGCUUCCUUUUGGAAUGGAUUCUACAACACCUCUUAAACUAUGAAUUACUCAGUCCAGAGACAAGCAACUCUAUCCAAAGUGUGAAUGCACGCUGUAAGAAUAACUAAUGCAUCAAACACUGCACAUUUCCUUCGGGGAAGAAGGAAAAGAUUGAAAAACUAAAGAGUGAAAUCAACACUGUCACUAAUUCUUAUUAACAGAAUUAAAUAGUCCAGAUCUUUGCUUAGCAUGUUUCAGUUUCACAGUACAUAAUAUGUACAGAUGUUCUCUUUGCAUUAGCACAAAGAAAUAUUCAGAAAUGAAAUCAGUAUAUUUUAUCUAUGAUGUUCAGAUGCUUUUUUCUUCUCUGCCUCAUCCUUACUGGGAUUUACUUUUUGGCAGCAUUAACAAAUAUUCCCAGAGAGACAGCAGAGUUGGUGCUCAGGGACUCUUGUCGUGUUUUGUUGCAAACAGACUUCUGCAACUUAGGUUAAUAGUGAAAUUGCUUUAUUUUUUAUUGAAUUUAGAUAUUUGUAGGUUCUUUCAAGAUUUAUAACUGUCAGUGAAUUCCAUGGAAGUUAUUGCAUACUGUCAUUCUAGCAGCUUUUUACCAGUACAUGUCUUAUACUUCAAGAUAGUGAUGUCUAAACUCUAGUGCAGCAUGUCUAUAUUCAUCGAUAAAUGUCUCUUGUAUAAAUGUAUUGUUAGUAGUAUUCAUAGGUGUGUAGUUUGGCAACACUGUUCAUGAGAUUGUGGAGUUCAGGAUCUUAAACAGAAGAAGCAGGGCGAUAAGUCCUGCCUGGACUUCAUCAGAGAUAACUUUUGACCUCUUCAAGAACCUACUUGGAAGUAUCAUGUGGGUUAGGGCUCUGGAAGGUAAGGGGGCCCAAAAGAGCUGGUUCAUAUUUGGGAAAAGAUGGUGGAAUAUGAAAGAACUGAAGUGGUCUAGUGCAAUAUUAUUUGUCAGUAUGAUUUUAAAUGUUUGAAAAAUUCUUAACCUUUCCCACAAAAAUAAAACCACGUUUGCAGAAUAAAAAACUUAUUAAAGUCACCCAUGUUUUUUCUAUCUGUCUUUCCUUCACCAAUGUUUUGCAUUUUUUCCUUUGUUUUUCUGUGUACCUAAUUGCCUCAGUUCCUCACUUUUCUCCAGAACUGAGGAUCUAAAGUUUUCAUCUGCUUUUCUCACUGUGCCCUAAGCAGGCUGGAUACAAGUCUCAUACAAGAUAGAAAUGUAAUAGCAGUAUGCACUUGGCCAUGUAUUUAAGCUAUUAUGCCUUACUGACAGGGCAGGCACUUUUGGUUUUGUUUUCUAGAUAUAUUUAAUUUCAGAAAAGAAACAUGAAUAUAGCAAAAUAUUUUUAAAAAAUCCAAUUCAUGAUACAUCUCAUAUCAAAAGGCCGGAGAUAAAUCUACUUAUUUUUUCCUAACUGCUCUCUGUAAUGAGAAAAAUUACAGUAUGAAUGAAACCUGUAGAGUUUCAAAUGCAUAGGCUUGGUCUUUUACACGUACAGUAAAAAAGGGGUGGUACCCAUAUUUGUAUAUAGAGAAAUCUAUUUUAGAGAUGACUUAUCUUAAAGUUCAGAAUUGUAUAUUUAUUUAUUGUAAAUGCGUGCAAAACUUCUUUUCAUAAUGUGACUCUUACAGUUCUUUGAAUUACUUGUUUUUAUUUUGUUCUUGUUCUUCCUACUUGUUAAUCAGUCCCAGCUAAACCAACCAUACCUGAAGAACUAUAGUAAUGGUGAUAAAUAUCCACUAUGCUUAAGUAGAAGUGCUCUUUAAUGCUUCUGGUCCUCAAUCCAAAUUUCUUUCAUUUUCAUUGAAACUCAUGAAUACAAAGUAACAUGAAAAUGAGCAGCAAAAAUGUUAGAAAGCAGGUAAAGUAAGUCUGUAAAAUAGAGUGCCAAUAACUUAAUCAGUGUAAUGCGUAGGCAAUACAGUAGAGAAAGACAAAGCUAAGCAACUUUUUUCUCUGUUUUCUCUUAACUAACACAUUUUCUUCUGCUUAGUUCUUAACAGUCACCUAUUUAUAGGCAGUCACUUCUCAGUAUUGUUAUUUGCAGGCAUCUGUUACUAUUUCUGUUGUUAAUGUCUACUGUGGCUUUUCAGCUGGUCUGAAACAAAGUGGAGGCAUGGCUAUUCUUGCCUUUUCAUCUAUAUUUGUCUCUUUCCAGUGUUUAGAAAUUUAAAUAUCAUUCACUCCAUUUUAAAAAUAACAGUAUGCAACCUUAUAAAAGUGUGAUCAAUAUUAUCAAAGCUACUUGGACUUGGGAAAAUUAGAACAAAAUAAUUCAGCUAUAUAUAACUCAAGGUAAAAUAGGUUUUAGUAAGUUUGUACCUGCAUUUUCUUUUCUGAAAUUUUGGCUUUUUAUCCUUUUGAGUGACAUGCAUUCACAGGACCAGUUCACAGAACAUUGUGUGUGUAUGUACCCGUGGAAGGGCUGCUCUGAACGUAAUGCCUCCUACAGUUAUUAUGUUGCCCUUGAUGGUCAGAGGCAGAAACUGGUGAUAUGGCAGUAGAAGUGGAAUCUUCUCACCAAUAUUCUACUACAUUUUGUUGCUGUGUGACAGAUGGCAGCAGAGGGGCACAGUGAGGUGGUGCAUUUCAACGGUGGUGACAGCAAUGUGAAAGAAAAAUCAUAUUCUGGACAGAAAUGAAGAUUUUUAAGAGCACAGCACACAGGCUCUUUUUUCACUGCUCUCAAAAAUCUAUAGCUAAUGAUGAUGACAGCAUUGGAAAAAAAAUAAUGGUUUAUAGUUGAGAACUUGACCUAUCAAGGAAUGAUAUUGUGCUGUUCGUAUCUGUUGUAGUUUCCAUGGAAAUAAAUAGGAAGCACUGCUUUUUGGAGUAAUCCACAUACUGAUCUUCUCGUAUUAAAAACGGUGACUAAAGAAGUGUAAGGAAUAUAACUGAGACGAACGUAAUUUGUAAUUCUGCUUGCAAUUUUUACUUUCCUUGAAUCCGCAGAGUUUAAUUUUCUGUUAGCAGUUCAUCAAAAAGCUGUGCCUAUUAACAUGUUUCAGUGCUAUUGUAACUCACAAACAUCAAUCUCUGACCAUUUUCUUUUUUCUUGUGAAUUUUCAUCAUCAGUUUGUCAGUUUGUCUCUGGGGUUGUUAUAAGUGAAUAUACCAUUUCUAAAUGUGACAGACAAAGUUUAUCUCCUUAAGCUACUACUCCCCCCCCCCCCCCCCCCACACACACACAUUGGGUACCAAGUUUAUAGAUGAAUCACAUGAGCUUUAAUGGUCAACCUGGCCGCCAGUCAUAACACACACACUUUUUUUUUUUACUCACAUCCUCUCGUUACUUAUAUUUUUCAUGUGCACUGAAAGUAGUUUGGUGUCUAAAUUGGUGAAAUUAUGCCCCUAAAUAACUGCAUAUGUAAUCACAUUUAAUUACAGGAAGAAGAAAACACUUGCUGUAAGAGAGAUUAGGGUAAAUGUUGCAUGUGUAAUCAUAUCCUUGAUGGCUGAGCUCUGGCAAAACUUUCUUCCUAAAUCCUCUUGCUAUGGAGGUGAUGAAUAAAACCUGUGUUUUCCACACAAGUGCAUGUUCAGAUUUAUUCCAAGUUUUUGCUGUUUUUGACCUGAGGGAUGUGACACAACUGUAGAACUGGACUUGAUGUUGAUCACUGCUGCCAAAAUUAUGUACAGGCUCUUUGCGUCUGGUAGGCUGGGCUGGGCUAUGGGGAACUGGAGACUGUCCCUGUUGUAACUUUGCUGGGGCAUGGGUUGAUGGCCCUGUGGCAUGAUGUGGGGUUCUGGGCAGUGUAGAAGUCCCAGGGUGGGCAGUUAGGGCCAGCCCUUCCGCCUUGUGGUGGCCUUAACCCUGGCAACUGGGCGGAAAGCAUUUAUGGCCUUGCAUGCUUUCUGUGACUAUGAGCAGAUAAGCCAAAAGUAAUGUUUUCUGAGGGCUCCUGUCAGGCCACCAUCGUCAUAGGACUGCUUCAGGGCCUUGAAAUUCCUGGGCAGUGAUUCAUUGAUUUGUGGUGGUUUUUUUUUUCUCCCUUCCAUGUAGUUUCAUGAAUGUUUAAUAACACAAAAUACAUGGAAACUAAAGACUUUGGUUAUUCUUGUAUGUGAAAAUGGCAGGUUGUUUGUUAAAGGCACCAGUAAGGUGAGAGCUAUAUCUCUAGCUAGUGACACUGUGUUAUUUGGUCUUCUACGAUGGUGCUGCUUAAGUGAUGUGAAUUUCAGAACAAACUUAAUUUUUGUAAAGUUGAUCCAAAUACUGUUUAUGUUUAAGUGCAAAAUAUAGUAGGGGGGAAAAGGUCAUUUUAAGCAAUAAGUAGCCUGGAAUAAAAACAUGUAAGAAGAAAAAUAUUUAAUUUUCUUUUUAAACCAUGCAAAAAUACUCGAUUUAUAAUUAGCAUUGAUAAUACUUUAGCAUUGUCAAUAUAUAUUAUUAUCAAUACUAUAUAUAUACAUAGGCAGUAUUGUACUGUCAAUACUAUAUAGUGGCUGAUAACUUUUUAUUUUAAAAGAGAAAUCUCAAAAAUUUAGCAAAUCAUUACUGUUUAAAUCUUUAACCAUUUUUUUUGUCAUUCUUUAAAUAGACUUUAUAGAUGCCUACAAAUAAAUGUGAUACAUCACCUUAAACUUCUUUGGAAUAUUUCCCAUGUUGAUAUUUUUGUUACUGUUCAGUUCCUUAAAUGUUGUGCUUUUGUUUGAUCUUUUUAGCCUCUGUAUUUUUCCCUUAGCACAGCUUGAGUCAUUGAGCAAUGAAAAAUAUACUGAAAAUAAUUUUUUGGUAGCUUUGAAGGCUUAACAAACAGAUCGUAGAGCAAACAUGAACAAUGUUGAAUUCUUGUACUUUGUAGUGAUUAUCCUGGCUUUAUAUUAAUCUAUCUGCAAGUACUGACUUAUUAAUUCAUACUUUAUUCCUAAGCUAUGCCUGAUCUGUGGUGAAUUUCUACAGCUAUUCAAGGCCUUGCAAGGAAAUGUCAGAAACCUCAUAUGACUUACUGUAGAAUAUGUUGCACGCAAUUUUUGUUUUGACUUUAUGGUGUUGUAUUUGUGAUGUGUAUUAAUUGUGUUCCACUGGAUAGAAAGUCUUUUGUCACAAUGUCUGCUUCAUCACCAUGUAAAACUAACAAAAUAUGAAGAAAAAAGAAGAUACAUUAGAAUUUUUUCCUUUUCUUGAUGCUUGAAGGCUUCAUACCUACCAUAUUUUCCAUUGUAGUGCAUCUUCAAUAAAAUGGAAAGAUGCUAUCAAGAAGGUUCUGUCAUGCCCAAGGAGGUUGUGGAUGCUCCAUUCCUGUUAUAGGGAGUGUAGAUGUGUGUCUUAAGGUAUUCUUAGUUAUCCCUAUAAUUCAUGCAAAAGAAAAAUGGUAAUCUUGUGGUAAUCUUGAUUUCAGUCUUUGACAAAAGAAUAAAUUCAUUAUGAGUUUCUACUACUGUUAUUUCAUCGAUUGUAUUAUACGUAAAAGAAACUGCUAAAUGUUCAAAGUCAUGAACUCUGUCCUGUCCAGGACAGAACAAUAGACCAGUUGAUCACAUUGGUAUAGCUGAAUCAAUUCAGAUGAAUGCAUGUGUAACAGAAUAGCAAGGUGGUUAGUUAUUAAAAUAUUUAAACAAUUUAUUUCCUUGAAUUUUUUCCAUCAGAAUGGAAUAUUCACUAGAAUUAUGUAAAAAGUGGUGGAUGUUCCUCUUAUUUUUCCCACGCCACUACAGACUGCUGGAGUGAUGUGUCUGCAGAGUCUUUCUCUGUUACAAAAUCUCUUUGCCAGCAGACUAAGACAAAAGUACUGCUUGUGUUGAUUGACACCUAAUAGAUAAAUGUACAUACAUAGAUUUGGAGAAGUAAUAUAAUAAAAAUACCUUAAGACAGGUCUUAUAACUGUUGUAAGUUGUCGAAACAGUUUUGAUGUCAAUGAAAUUGACAGUUAUACCUGCUAAAAUGUUUACUCAUUGAAAGUUAUUCUCUGGGGUAGUGCUUGUUUUGCUAACAUGCAGUAUUUUCCACCAGCACUCAUAGUAAUUGGGCAGAUUAGUACUGAUACCUUGUUAUGAGUUCACCCACAUCCACUUAGAGAAGGUUUGCAUGUCAUAAUGGUGUUAACUAUCUGUUCCCUUUUGUCUACAUUAGAUAUUAUACAGAACUUAUGUGAUGCUGUGUUUAAAACUCUGCAGUUUGGCUGUCCUUUGCUUCUCAGGGAGUAAUGGAGAAGGGUGAUCUAAUAAUUCUGUUUAUGUCUGUGUCAUCAGCUUCGAGCUUUUCUUCACAAACUUGAUGGCUGUAUAAUUGCUUUAUGUUAUAAAAUAAAGUUCUUUUAUUUGUGUGUGAUCAUGUGAA